UUGAAUAAUCAAAAUGACGUGUUUAAUAUUUUAUUCAAACUCAGUGAUGACCAAGAUCAAAGUCGAUUAAGAAGUAGCUGUCAUCGUUUGCAGAAAAAACUUUCUGCAAAUGAUUCAUUGAAUAUUAACACCGAUGGAAGAAAUUGUGUCGUUUACCGUAGCAUCGCGGAAAGGUCCUUUUCUAAAUUAAAACUUAUAAAAAAUUACCUGCGCUCAACAAUGAGCCAGAAAAGAUUAACAAAUUUAGCAACAAUAUCCAUAGAGGAGGCCACAUUAGACCAUAUAGACAUACACGAGAUUAUUAAGGAGUUCGCAAACAGAAAAGCGAGAAGAGUGGAAAUAAUAUAA